UAUCCACUUGUUUUUAUCCCUUCAAUCAUUCUCUCUUUUAACUCUCUCACAAACGCCAUUCUAUUCUACUCCGUAAAGCUCCAACCUUUAGAUCUCUCCUCUCCUCUCACUCGAACACUCCGCUCUCCCCCCAAAUCUCCGGAGAAAAUUCGAUUGCCCUUUAUCGUAAUUCACAUGUGUUUCGCUUAAAAAUCGAAUCUUUUUUAGGUAAAUUGAAGAUGGAUCAAAACUCUCACGACCGUCCGACGGCGGAGACGGCGGCGGCGGGGCUGCAGCUCAAUUCUACGGAGAACCCAUCACCGGGAAGAUCGGUUCCUUUCGCCACCUCCACCUCCACGAGCACCACCAGCUCGGGCACCGCCCUCGCCGUGGUGAAACCCGCCGCGGUGAAGAAGCCGUCGAAAGACCGCCACACGAAAGUUGACGGCCGGGGGCGGAGAAUCCGCAUGCCGGCGCUGUGCGCCGCGAGGGUUUUCCAGCUGACGAGGGAGCUGGGUCACAAGUCGGACGGGGAGACGAUCGAGUGGCUGCUCCAGCAGGCGGAGCCUGCCAUCAUCGCCUCCACGGGGACGGGAACGAUUCCGGCGAAUUUCUCGACGUUGAACGCCACUUUACGCGGCGGGGGUUCGACCCUUUUCGCUCAGUCGUCGAAGUCUUCUCCUUUUGGUAGUACUGGAAUGUCUCUGUAUGAGGAUAGUAACGGUGCUAACGGUUCAUCUUCCUCUGCCGCGAAGUUGUUAAACGUCGCAACAGCCGCUCAAAACGCUGCCGUUUUUGGGUUUCAUCAUCAGGGCUAUCCGCCGACGGCUUUGGGGAAGCCUUACAGAGAAGAUUACUUCAAGGAGUCUGAACCAAGUGGGAGUUCUCAGAAACCGGGUCAGUUUCAGGAGCAGGAGAUGGGUGCUGGACCGGGUAUGGGCCGUGGGGCGGCGAAUGUGGUGCCUCAACCUAUGUGGGCGGUGGCUCCUGGGAGUACUAAUGGGGGAAGCGCGUUCUGGAUGCUUCCUAUGAGCGCCUCCUCGGGUGGGAGGGAACCGAUGCAGCAGCAGCCGGGUCAUCAAAUGUGGGCGUUUAACCCGGGGAGUUAUCCGGUUGGGACGGGUCGGGUUGUGACUGCACCGAUGGGGUCGAUGAUGUUGGGAGGUCAGCAGCUAGGAUUAGGAGUGGCGGAGAGCAACAUGGCGGCCACAAUGCGUGGAAGUAGAGACGGUUUGGCCAUGACGCUAGAUCAACACCAGCAUCAGCAUCACCAGCAGCAUCAAGAGCCAAACCAAAGUCAAGCUAGUGAAAAUGGUGGUGGUGAUGACAAGAAGUGACCAAACACACACCUCUUGUGAAAAUUCUAGUGACCGCACUGGCAGUUAGGAGGAUGCCUCGCUGGCGAUCAAUGAUUCCAAUUGUAAAACAUGUUUUGGCAGUGUAAUGCUGUCAUGCCUGAGAGAUUUAAAUGACAGAAUGUGGUGAAACGUAUGUGGGUUUAAGCUCUUGAACAGAUUUGUCACAUCAUUUGUGGUUUUUUUUUUUGUUUGCGCUUUCUUUAUUUUAAUUUUUUCUUUUCCUGUGAUUGUGCUUUUGAUUGAUAGAUGUGUGAAUAUGUUGGAUCUUUUUUUGGCUU